CUAACACAAUGUAACCAUCUCAAGUGUCCAAUACAACGGACUGUAAAACCGCAGACUAACUUGGUAUUCAGCACUCGUUUCAACUGCUCACCACAAAUGCAACAGAAACGGAUAUUAAAUGGUAGAAAACAGAUUGUCAACUAAACGGAACCGCUGAGAGGACAGGGCCAGAGAACAGUCAUAUGAGGCUAAUGCAGGAAGUAACUGCAGCCCUAAGGAAUCACAGAAUACUGUUCCACCUCUUCUCUCCUUCUCCGGGAGCAUGCCAUCUGAACCUUGUGUCAGUGGGCAGGAGCUGGUAACAGACCAGAGGCUAUGCCAGUCCAAGUCUCACCAGGACUCUGUCCUCUCCGCCCUCAACCAGCAGAGGAAGGAUGGCGUACUCUGUGAUGUCACCCUGGUCGCCGGCGACCAGAAGUUCCACGCCCAUAAAGCAGUGCUGGCGGCGUGCAGUGAUUACUUCCGGGCCAUGUUCAGUCUGUGCAUGGUGGAGAGUGAGGCAGAUGAGGUGACUCUUCAGGGAGUGACAAGUGUGGGACUGAAACAUGCACUAGACUUUGCCUACACAGGACAGAUAAUACUGGAGCCAGGGGUGAUUCAGGAUGUUCUGUCGGCAGGAAGUCACCUUCAGCUGCUGGAGCUGCUCAGUCUCUGCUCACACUACCUCAUCCAGGAGCUGAACAGUGUUAACUACCUGGACCUGUACCGUGUUUCUGAUCUGUUCCACCUGCCUGCUCUGGAGGAGGCUGUGGUCAGCUUCCUGGUAGAACACCUGUGUGAGCUGCAGCAGAGCCGCCUGGAGGAGGUGCUGCUGCUCCCCUACCGCCUCCUCAGGGAUGUGUUGAUGAGCGACCGCCUCACCUCCCUCAACGAGGAGGAGAUCUGGCAGCUGGUGGUGUGCUGGUUAGAGCAUGACUGUCGGUACCAGUACACCGAGGACCUGAUACAGCACGUUCGUUACGGCCUCAUGGACGUAGCCGCCCUGCACCACGUGGCACAGUGCCACCCGCUGGUCCAGUCCAGUGCCACCGCCGCCGCCCUAGUGGACGAGGCUCUAGAGUACCACCGAGCCACCUUCGCCCAACCCCUCUGCCAGACCGCCCACACCAAGCCCCGCUUCCAGUCUCUCACCCUCUACAUUGCCGGCGGGCGCAAGCGCGAGGUGAGCCGCGUGCGGGAGCUGCGCUACUUCAACCCAGCCGCCCAGGAGAACGUGCGCGUGGCCGGGUGCUCCAACUGGAGCGAGCUGGCGCCAAUGCCCGCUGGGCGCAGCCACCACUGCGUGGCCGUCAUGGGCCACUUCCUGUUUGUGGCGGGUGGCGAGGUGGAGCAUUCCACAGGGAGGACGUGUGCGGUGAGGACAGCCUGUCGGUAUGACCCCCGGGGGAACCGCUGGAUGGAGAUAGCCUCCAUGAAGGCGUGCAGGGAACACUUUGUCCUGGGGGCUCUGGGCCAGUAUCUGUACGCGGUGGGGGGGAGGAACGAACUGAGACAGGUGCUGCCCACCGUGGAACGCUACUGUCCGAAGAGGAACAAGUGGACCUUCAUCCAGUCCUUUGACCGCUCGCUGUCCUGCCAUGCAGGCAGUGUGGCUGACGACCUGCUCUGGGUCUCAGGUGGAGUCACAAACACAGCUCAGUACCAGAAUAGACUGAUGGUGUACGACCCAGAACAGAACCAGUGGCUGGCCCGCAGUCCCAUGCUACAGAGGCGAGUGUACCAUGUCAUGGCCGUGGCGAGAAGGCAGCUGUAUGUGCUGGGAGGAAAUGACCUGGACUACAACAACGACCGCAUCCUGGUCCGCCACAUCGACUCCUAUGACAUAGACAUGGACCAGUGGACCCGCUGCACCUUCAGCCUACUCACGGGUCAGAACGAAUCUGGCGUGGCAGUCCAUGAUGACCGAAUCUAUGUUGUCGGUGGAUAUUCUAUUUGGACCAAUGAGCCCCUAGCGUGUAUUCAGGUGUUAGAUGUGAGCACGGAGGGGAAGGAGGAAGUGUUCUAUGGACCAACUCUACCGUUCGCCUCCAAUGGAAUAGCAACGUGUUUCCUCCCUGCUCCAUGCUUCACCUGCCCCAACCUACAGACUCUACAAGUGCCCCAUCACAGGAUAGGGGCUGUCUAACACACUAAUAGAGACUACAGUAAAUACAUCAUGCAAACAUACAUACAAUUAUGUAACACAAAAUAAUAGAACCAAAGGUCUGCUCCUUUACAACAGCCCCACUCUUCCUCUAAAAGGCAUUCACACACACACACACACACACACACACACUUCAAGUGCAGGCGUCACUGCCCAUCCUGAGGAUGAAAAAAGGAAGGUCCUCAAAGAGGAAGGUCCUCAAAGUUCCCUAUUCCUAUCCAACUACCCUGUUAUGAUGGACUGAUUUUCCAUCAGCUGCAGGGUUUGGGUCAAUUCCAUUUCAAUUCAGUCAAUUCAGGAAGUAAACAGAAAUUCUGAUGACAAUUUUGCUAAUUGAAAAGCAUUGAGAAUAAUAGAUAUUGAUUGGAGUAAUAUAUCCUGAAUUGACCCCAACCCUGCUCAGAUGACCGGCUCUAGUCAAACUGGUGCAGAACAGUAGAUCGCAAUGCUGGAGCACUCGAGGGGAGCAGAGCUCUCUACGGAGUGAAAUGGCUCCCUCUUUUACUAAUGCACUAUAGGGCUAUUGGCACUCUAACUAGCUGUACUUACUACUUGCCAUAACCCAUCUACUCAAUACAAAGCCAACGGACCCACCCACGGUCAUUUCAAUUGAAACCUGUCCUGUGUAAACUGUGGGCCCGUCUUACUCUUUCUCGAGCGUGUGUUUUUCUGAUCAAGCUCAGGAUUGAAGACUGUUUAACAGUUGAGUGAAUGUCUGACCACGUAGCAUACAGUGCAUGUGCUCAGCACACUGUGUGUCGGAGAGCCUACGCUAUGUGUCGCCACUGUCUUAUGCCAUUUUCAAAAUGUCUUGUUUUACUUCGUCAAAGAAAUAACGCCGUUCACCUCCAGCAGUGAGAGAGAGAGAGAGAGAGAGGACUUCAAAAACAUGUCUUGUUUUCAGAAAAGAGGUCCAGUACUGUAUCAAUAAAGCCCGUGAUAAGUUGAACCGA